AUGAUUCGACCAUUAUUAUGCCUGAUUCUAGCAACGACUGGAGUUUUGGCAUUUCACAGACAGGCUCUUUUUAAUCAUAUUAGGAAAACAAAUCCUCCAUUCAAAGCAGAUGCUUCGAUUACAAUAAAGACGGCAUUCGUCAAACAGCCAAUUAAUCAUUUUCUUGAAUCAGACGGCUAUUUUUCUCAGAGGUAUAUUUAUUCAACCCAAUUUACUGGAAAUAAGAAAGCUGUAUUCUUGUUUGUAACAAAUAAUGAAGCCUUAGAAGAGGAUGUGCUUGCCGACCAUCGAAAUCCGUUGGUUAAACUUGCGAAGCAGUUUGGAGCAACCAUGUUUGGACUUGAACACCGUUACUAUGGAAUAUCACGUCCUUACGACACAUUGAGUGUCGACAAUCUGAGGCAUUUAAGCAGCCUUCAAGCUCUUUUCGAUAUUGACACAUUCAUCAAAUUUGCGAAUAAAGAAUUCAAUUUUGAUUCGGAUGUUCGAUGGAUUGUUUGGGGCGUCGGAUACGGAGGAUUCUUGGCGGCACAAUCACGAAACCUGUUCCCAGACAUUGUCGCAGGAGCAAUUGCGAGUUCCGCUCCAAGCAAGCACAAAAUGGACUUUUGGGAGUAUAACAAUCAAGUUGAGGCGUCAAUUAAUGAAGCCGCUCAUGCGGCCUGCACGGAUCUCAUCGCGCAAGCAUUCAAAGAUCUCUCACAGCAGAUGCUGAGUCCCGAAGGAAGGAAGAAUGUUUCCACAACAUUCAGAUUAACCACUCCAUUGGACCAAACCAAUCUCACUGAUAACGAUAUUCAAGAAUUCUAUGCACAAAUCAUUGCUCCAUUCCAAGCUUUUGUCGAAUUUCAUGGAAAUGAUGGAUUUUCGAUCAAUGAUGUGUGUGCGACUAUGGAGAACAAUUCAUUCACUGGAGUUGAGAAUAUCUUCAAUGUCUAUCUUCUUCUUUUGGACAAGGCAAAUUCAACAUUCGUACCAUUGAACACGAAUUACAAUGAUAAUAUCAAAGCGAUGCGCAAUGAGUCCGUCGAUUCACCAAUCGCUCAAAAUCGUAUUUCCUGGUGGCAGGCUUGCUCCGAAUUUGGCUAUUUCGCGAAUACUAAUAACAAAGAGAAUGCCGUUUUUGGAGCAUCUCUUCCUUCGAACAUUUUCAUCAAUCAGUGUAUCGACGUUUUCCCCGAAGCUCAUUUCACUGCUCAAUUAAUUGAAGAUAACACUAUUAUUUUUAACAACUUCUACGGUCCAUCAAUGGCCGCUUUAAUGUCUUCUGGUUUUAAGGGUACAAAUGUUGUGUUCACCUGUGGACAACUGGAUCCAUGGAAUCCAAUUGCCGUCCAAACUAGCGAUGAUAUUUCGGUUGUUACCUACGUGAUUCCGGACGUUUCAUUUGGUGCCGAUUUAUUCCCGGGAAAGAAUGACAACGAUGAUAUUUUGAAAGCCCACGCUUUAUUUGAAACAAACAUUUAUAGAUGGAUCAAUUUGCCAAAAAAUCCAACAACUCAUGUGAAUAUCACCAAACCAUGGACAAGACCUCAACCAGACUUCGCAACUCUUCCAGCAAGUUCCCGAUUUGGCAAGUUGCCCGACGGCGUGCCAUCAAAAAAAACAUUCCCAAAGGGAAAAUUGAACAAAAAAUGGAUAAUGGGACGACCGCCACACGGAAUGCGACCGCUUGCGCCAAUCGAGAAGGAAUUCAAUUAUCCGCCUGGAUUCGAAGUUGGAACAUUCCGCCAGAAAGUCGAUCAUUUCGACAACUCCAAUCCGAAUAUGUUUAAUCAAAAAUAUUACAAAAACGCGCAGUGGGCGAAACCAGGCGGCCCAAACUUUUUGAUGAUCGGAGGAGAAGGUCCCGAAAGUGAACGAUGGGUUCUAAACGAAAACAUCACUUAUUUGACGUUCGCACAGAAAUACGGAGCUACCGUAUACCUUCUUGAGCAUCGCUUCUAUGGUGACAGUCUUGUUGGAGACAACACUGAAUUCGAAACUUUGAGUUCUCUUCAAAUGCUGUAUGAUUUGGCCGAAUUCAUCAACGCUGUCAAUCUUCAGACAGGCAAUUCGUCGCCAUGGAUCACAUUCGGCGGAUCAUACUCAGGCGCAUUGUCAGCCUGGAUGAUCGAAGUGUUCCCAGAGCUUGUGACAGGAGCCGUCGCUUCUUCAGCUCCAGUUUACGCGAAAACCGAUUUUCACGAGUAUCUCACCGUCGUUGAGAAUUCGAUUCGCGAUUAUAAUAAUGAGUGUGCCGAGCGAAUCAAAGAUGGCUUCGCCACCAUGCACCAAUUGUUCUACAGCAACGAGGGACGCGCCAAUCUCUCAACGAUUUUUGCGCUCGAUCCCAAAUUUGGGGAUGUUGUCACCGAAACAGACAAGCAUUACUUCUUUUCGAACAUUUUCGGAAAUUAUCAAGGAGCCGUGCAGUACAGCGGAGAUAACACAGGGGCGUAUGCGACAGGACACGGAAUUCCUGACAUGUGCAGAAUAAUGCUCAACAAGAAUAACACGCCCAUCGAGAAUGUUGCCGCUUUCAAUAGAUAUAUGACCGAAUUUUAUAACGGAAACAAAUUUACGUCGACCGACAACAAUUAUCAGGAUAUGGUAGAUGAAUUGAAAAAUGCGCAAAGAUAUGGACCAAACGAGGCAGCGAGUUUAUUGUGGACCUAUCAGACUUGCACCGAAUUCGGAUACUUCCAGACGUCCGAUAAUGGUAAUGGAAUAUUCGGAUCGCCGACUCCGGUCAAUAUGUAUAUUCAACUGUGUCGGGAUCUUUUCGAAUACGAAUAUGACGUCGAUGUUGACUCACGCGUUGCUUACACCAAUUACCAAUACGGAUCUAGAAUGUUCUACCGAGGAAAUAAUGUCGUCCUUCCGAAUGGCGGUGUCGAUCCGUGGCACGCACUCGGGUUAUCAUCAAGCUAUAACAGCAAUCCAACGGUUGUUCCAUUUUUCAUCAAUGGAACUGCACAUUGUGCUGAUAUGUAUCCAGCUCGUGACCAAGAUCUACCGGGAUUGAAACAAGCCAGAGAAGUUAUCGACCAGAAUAUUGCAAAAUGGUUGAAUCAAUACAAUUCCGGAACUACUGUAACAUCGACAAUAUCUAGUAAUAUUACACAAUCAACAACGCCAAAAUCAAUUGACAUGACCACAAAAUCGUCAUCAGUUCCCUUCUACCUUUUCACAAUUCUUUCACUUAUUGUUUUAUUCUAA